AUGGCUGCCAUGCUGGUGCAAGGGUCGAGGUGUUUACCAAGAUAUGUGUGUAGAUUGACACUUUUAAGAAACUCACCAUGGAAAAGAAAGAUCAAUAACUUGGCCAAAGAGAAACAUCCUUCAUGUGCUACAAGACAAGUAUCACCAUUGAAACAUUCAGAAAACCUGAGAUUACUCCAAAAUGUUUCGAAGCUUCAGGUUGGACGUGGAGGUAGACAAAGUUUCCAUCAGUCAGCGGUUUUUUAUGAUGAGUUUAAGAUAGUCAACACACCAACAUUUGCAGAAUCUGUUACAGAGGGAGAUGUCCGCUGGGAAAAAGCUGUUGGAGAUUAUGUUAAAGAAGAUGAUGUUGUGUGUGAAAUUGAAACAGACAAGACAUCUAUCCCAGUGCCCAGCCCUGCAGCAGGCUAUGUGGAAGAGCUGUUGGUGCAGGACGGAGACAGGGUGGAGCCUCAUCAACCUCUCUUCAAACUUAAACUUUCGGGUGAUGCACCAGCUGCCAGUGCUGAAAAAGUGGCUUCUGAACCUGCCCCGAAUGCAACAACUGAAUCAGCUCCUGCUGCCCCUGCAGCAGGAAGUGGCCCUAUUCCCACCACACCCCCACCAGUGCAGCCUCUGCCCUCAGCACCCACAGCAUCUGUCCCUGUAGCUACUAUCAAACCUACACAAGCCACUCCCCAGAGCACUGCAGGGCCCGUGGGAGGGGCCAGGACAGAGACAAGGGUGAAGAUGAACAGAAUGCGGUUGAGGAUUGCAGAGCGUCUUAAAGAGGCCCAGAAUACAUGUGCUAUGUUAACAACUUUUAAUGAGAUUGACAUGAGCAACAUAAUGGACAUGAGAAGCUGCUAUAAGGAUGCUUUCCAGAAAAAAUAUGGCUUGAAGCUUGGAUUUAUGUCGGCCUUUGUGAAAGCCUCUGCUUUUGCACUUGAAGAUCAACCUGCUGUGAACGCAGUUAUAGACGAUAAAGAAAUAGUGUACAGAGACUACAUAGACAUUUCUGUAGCGGUGUCUACUCCAAAGGGCUUGGUUGUGCCAGUGUUACGGAAUGUAGCAAAGAUGAACUAUGCUGAUAUAGAAAUAGAAAUAGCUGCUUUAGGAGAAAAGGCUCGGGCUGGUGCCUUAGCAAUAGAAGACAUGGAUGGAGGCACAUUCACGAUUAGUAAUGGAGGUGUGUUUGGCUCUCUGUUUGGAACACCAAUUAUCAAUCCUCCACAGUCCGCUAUCCUUGGAAUGCAUCGUAUAGACCAAAAGGCUGUAGUUGUCAACGGGAAGAUUGAGAUCCGACCAAUGAUGUUUGUUGCCCUUACUUACGAUCAUCGCCUGAUAGAUGGAAGGGAGGCUGUGACAUUCUUACGGAAAAUUAAGUCGGCAAUAGAAGAUCCACGAGUGCUACUUCUCAACUUAUAGCACUGCCAUAUUGUAUAAAAACUUAGUCAUUUUAAAACAUUCGCUAAGAUUAUCCUUGAUAUGGAUAUUGGGACAAGUAUUUAUUAUGAAAUGGUGUUGCAGAUCACCUGGGACAUAGACCUGAAUGUUGCAGUCUUUGGGCAUUACCCUAGAGUGUAAAACUAAUGACCGUGAAGGAUGUAACGAGAUACAUAUUAUUUACAAAAGUGAAUCACUUUUGAAUGGAUAAUUUAUUUAGACAUAAAAAACAAACGUGAUUAGUGUUAUUCUGGCAGCGAGUUCAAACCUCAUGAACGCUGGAAAAUGCUAAAAUUAUUUGAUGGAUUGUAAAUGUUCUGUUAUUAAGGGGGUUUCUGCUAGUUAGAUGUAACUGUUCAAGUAGAGUUAAUUGAUCUAGCUAAGUGAUAGACUACAAUGGAUUGUGGAAAGAAAUUUAGUAUGUUGUGACAGAUCGCAUGAAUUAUUGAUUUGUAAUAACCUCAACCCAUCAUGGACAGAACCAUGAUGUAUACAGACGACAACACUGUUAGUUUUUACCAGCAUUUUCACCUUUUCACAUUUAAAGCAUUUAAAACAAGAUGUAUAUAUGAGGUUUUUAGUGGUCAAUCUACAAUUUAUCUUCAACUUGAUUGAUAAAAACAAUGAGUCCAACAAUGUAGAAUUUAGGUAUUUCCAGAAAUUCUACAAGUCCAAUCAGAAUUCUCUGAGAACGGGACUCAUGACUCGCAUGUAGAUUUAUCACAGAAUAGAUAUUUUUAUACAUGUUAAGUACUAACAGCAACUGAUAUCUCAAACAGAAUAGGGAAGGGAAGAAUUUUUUUAGUUUUUGAGACACAAGAUUGAAAAUGUUUCUGUUAAAUAUUUCAGUUUACAAUUGGAGAGUUUGAAGACUGCACUGUCUCGUAAAAUAAAGAUCUGUAUAUUGUAUAAACUAAAGAAUGUUUUUAUCGUAACUGUUUAUAUACGGUCACAAUUACAUUUUACCUGUGUUGAAUCACGAAUAAUACACACUGCUUAUGUAAAAUGGUUAUCAUUAGGAUGAUUUAUAGGAGAUGUUGAAAAUAAUGUAACUGGCACCCUACCUACUGUCAUAAAAAUAACUGAUAAAUUUUCAGUCACAAUUUGCACAUCCCUAUGAUGAUAAAGAAGUGGGUUUCUUACCUCUAUGUACCCAAAAAGUGGUUUGGCAAAAGUUGGUGGAGAGAUAUUUCAAGGCCCUGGGCAUAUGACUGAUUUAUGAUGUACAGAAAUUAGUUAUGUGCUUAUGACAAAAUAAAGAUUAUAUUGUCAGUAUGUCGACACUUAACAGUUAAAAGGGGGAAAAAAAGGUAACUUGGACAGCAGGAUUUAAAAUCUCCCAGUUGUGUAUGUAAAUAUGAAACCCCUCGUUAAAAACUAAAUUCAUGCAAUUUCAGUUUUGAUUUUUCUGUCCAGCAGUCCUUAUAGAUAUUUCACUUUACAAUUUCAAACCUUAGGCACUCUGACAUCUGGUCUAAUCUGGCCUGUAGACAAUUCACAUGUUCAAUUUCAAACCUUGAGCAUUCUGACAUCUGAUAGAUGAUUUAAUGUUGUUUUUGAUCAUGGUGUUUUUAACUGCAUCAAGCUUACUUAAGUAUCACUUUCUAUAUACUUAAUGAACCUCUCAAAUGUUCUCUCAAGCAGGGUGGAAAUCUUUUUAGAGAUCUGAGUUCUUCAGUCCUAUGAUCUUAUGAUAAAGGUCUUAUAUUGUACCGUCAAAUCGUCAUACAAAUUGUUUUAAAUUUUUGAAAGUGAUAAAAAAAGUUACUAUAAAUCAGUUAAUUUUGUUGUUUUUUUUUUUUUGUUUUUUAACUUGCAUUAUCUAGAAAAUAAAACAGCUGCUUUUGAAGUAAUUUUGUGGAAGGUUGAGCAUCAUCAACACAACAUCAGUCAACAGAACAAGCAGUGACACACAAUUUUUUUUAACCUUUUCUGGACUAGCCAUUAAAGACAUGUACACAUUAAUUUUGAGGGAUGCAUAUUUUGAGUAUCAACUCCAAAUUAAUUUCUUGACAAAAAUUGAUGCAUUCAAAUAUCACAAUUUAACACUGCAUCAUGGUUAUGGUGACUUUUUACAAGUGUGGUGAUCACAUAAAAAACAUCAGUAUCCGAGAAUUUAAGUCAAUCAGAAUGAUUUGUCAAGUAGUUUUUGUCAGAUCUUGGUGUGAUUUAGAGAAAUAAAAGAUUUGAGGUUAUCAAGCUACAAUGUGUAAGGACGUCAGGCACAUGCUUUUCUGCAUUUAUCAGAUGGAUGAAAUCUAUUUAUUUUUUGUUUAUGUUUUCCUUUGUUAAACCUUUAUCUAUUAACAUUGAUUUAUAAUUUUUAACAAAACUUCAAUCAAUACUGCACUUACAUUAUGGUUUCUAUAAGUGUUUUGUGCUUCAAUCAGAAUUUUUGGCAGUUGACACCAAAAGAGACGACUGUAUGCCUGAUAUAUAGUGCUGUGGUACAAAUAUUCUAGAACUUGUGAUGAGAUAAAAGUAUAUUUAGUUCUAAUAUCAAAAUCUUAUCUUUGUGGAGAGAAAAAAACCUGCAAUAAAAUUACGAUCUGUACCUGGAA